AUGGGGUCUGACGCUACUUCUGUGGCAAAGCCACGAAAGAAUAUCACCCCGCCCGAGCGUGCUGAGGUUAUCGCUUUCCUCCUGCGGGUCAGCAUUGAGCUACGCCCGCCUCCAGGCGCGAUCGGCUCCAGCGCGACUAAGUAUGGAUGUAGUACUGACCAGAUUUCGCGAUUGUGGCGCCGGACUACCAAGGACAUCAAAGCAGGAGAGCCGAUCAACUACAACAGCGGCAGGAAGGGAAAGAGUGGCCGCAAGACGCGUUUAACGCCGGAGUUCCGCCACGCCCUCAACGACGCCAUCGAACUUAUCCCGCUAGAAGACAG